AUGAAAAAUAGAACAUCACUGACAGAUUUAAUCCUCCUGGGUCUGACAGAUAAUCCACAACUACAAGUUGUGAUUUUCUUCUUUUUAUUCCUCACAUAUGUACUGAGUGUUACUGGAAAUCUAACCAUCAUUACUCUCACCCUGUUGGAUUCCCACUUGAAGACUCCCAUGUAUUUCUUCCUCAGGAAUUUCUCCUUCUUAGAAAUUUCAUUUACUUCUGUCUGUAAUCCUAGAUUUUUGGUCAGUAUCAUAACUGGGGACAAAUCUAUUUCCUAUAAUGCAUGUGCAAUUCAGUUAUUCUUCUUUAUCCUCCUUGGUUCAACUGAGUUUUUCCUCCUAGCUUCUAUGUCUUAUGAUCGAUACGUGGCUAUCUGCAAACCUCUACAUUAUACAACCAUCAUGAGUAGCAAGGUCUGCUACCAACUUGUCAUCAGCUCAUGGGUAGCUGGUUUCUUGGUUAUCUUUCCACCAUUGAUCAUGGGCCUUGCGCUGGAUUUCUGUGACUCCAACAUCAUUGACCACUUUACCUGUGACUCUGCUCCUUUGCUGCAAAUCUCUUGCACAGACACAAGUACUCUAGAGCUCAUGAGCUUUAUUUUAGCUGUGUUUACUCUAAUGUCUACUAUGACACUAAUAAUUAUCUCCUACACUUACAUCCUUAGAACAAUUCUGAGAAUCCCCUCAGCACAACAAAGAAAAAAAGCCUUCUCAACCUGUUCCUCUCACAUGAUUGUUGUCUCCAUCUCUUAUGGAAGCUGCAUCUUCAUGUAUGUGAAAACAUCAGCAAAGGAAGGAGUUGCUUUAACCAAAGUGGUAGCUAUGCUCAAUACCUCUGUAGCUCCUAUGCUGAACCCAUUUAUUUACACUCUAAGAAACCAGCAGGUGAAACAAGCACUUAAGAAUAUUAUGAAAAGGACGCUUUUCUCAAAAACAUUGAUCUGA